AUGACGUCACACAACUCGUCGGCCUCGUAUUCGUACAUGUACUACGAUGACCAGGAGUACAACCAGACCCUGCUGGAACUUCUACAGCAGCACGAGAAAGAGUCCCCGCGUGCGUUUAUCUUCGCCGUGCUCAUGACGAUUCUCUCUGCAAUUUUCAACACUGGCAUCACCAUCGCUAUUCUCUUCACGCCGACGUUACGUCAGAACAUCCUCUACAUUCAAAUAAUCAACAUCUCAGUGGUAAAUAUCAUCCUAAGCGGGUUUGUAAUCCCGCUAGCUAUUUACGCCGAACAUCGGCCAUGGACGCUCGGUGACGCAAUGUGUAAAGUCUGGAUCAUAAUGGACGUGCUUAUGCCCUUUGUUUCCAUGGUAUCGCUCGUGCUGAUGAAUCUAGACCGCCUUUUUGUUCUAAUAUGCAACAACUCACAUAUGUUGACUAUGAACAGCAUGGUCAAAGUGUUCCUUGUGUUGGUGCCCUGGUCUGUCGGAUGUGUGAUCGUACUUCCCAUUUGGAUACUUGGCUCCAACCAUUAUCCGUAUUAUGACGGCUAUUGUAUAUUCGGCCUGGUAUUCGAUGCUUCCGUCGCCUCGCCAAUCAUCACGUACUUUGUACCAGCGGUGGGCAUCAUCUUGCUGAUCACAUUGAUUCUGAUGUAUAACUUUAAAGGGAAUCUAGCUGAACAAAACAUGUACUCUUCCCCCUCCCGGUCGAUAGACUGUCAUCAUCGGACAGACUCCACAUCUAGUUAUGACGAGGAAAAAUACUUGUCGCUUGUCACCCUAUGUCUGGCUGACUUCUUCUUCAUAGCAAUGUGGUUUCCGUAUCAACUUUUCACAUUGCUUAUGUCCAUUUGUACUGGAUGUUAUCCACCAGUGAGCGCUGCAGUCGCCUUCACGUGGCUCGGAGCGUCUACGGCCUGUGUGCUACCGCUCACGUGGUUGUCUGACGUGAAAAUACGUGAAAGUAUUAGGACCUUUUUGCACGAUCGAUGUACCCAGGAGGUGAGCGAUCUCAGGGAAAGAAACAGCGUCCCUCUAAUGGAACUGUAG